CUUUGACUCUCAAGAGCUACACCUAAGCCUUACAUCAAUUUUCCAAAAAUUCUCCAAUUUCUACAAUACCGCCAACGACAUGCCUUCCCUCAGUGGUCGUGAAGUCGGCCACAUCGGCUACGGAACCAUGAGAAUGACCUGGGUCCCUCAACCUCCCUCGCACGAGCAAUGCUUCGAAACCCUGAACACCGCUCUCAAGCUAGGUGCCAACUUCUGGAACGCUGGCGAGCUUUACGGUACCCCUGAUUAUAACUCGUGUCAUCUUCUGAACAAGUACUUCAUCAAAUAUCCUGAGAAUGCCGACAAGGUAGUCUUGAGUAUCAAGGGUGGCACGAAGCGUGGAGAGCUUAUCCCUGAUAGCUCUGAAGCCAACAUCCGCCGUAGUGUGGAGGAGUGUCUGCGUGUACUGGAUGGAAAGAAAGUAAUUGAUAUCUUUCAAUGUGCUAGACAGGAUCCCAACGUACCAGUGGAGCAGCAAGUGACUGUUCUAGCACAAUUUGUCAAGGAGGGCAAGAUUAGAAGCAUAGGUUUGAGUGAGGUUGAUGCAGAUACUAUUCGCAGGGCUCAUAAGGUCCACCCGAUUGCGGCAGUAGAGGUUGAAUUGUCUCUCUUUGAUACUACGAUUCUCAACAAUGGUGUUGCUAAGGUUUGCGCUGAGCUCAAUAUCCCUGUUAUAGCUUACUCGCCUUUGGGCUUUGGUGUAUUGGCGGGUGCCUUCACCAGCCCGUCUGAGAUUCCUGAGGGCGAUUUCCGCAAAAUAAUGCCGAAGUUCCAGGAGAAUGCUAUGAAGGAAAACAUGAAGCUGGUUAAUGAAGUUAAAAAAUUGGCGGCGCGUAAGGGCGUGGCUCCGGUACAGAUUGCACUGGCCUGGAUCCUUACUCUCAGUGGAAAGCCGGGGAUGCCCACCAUUAUACCCAUUCCCGGUGGUACGACGGUUGACAAGGUUACUCAGAACCUGGAAUGUGUCCCUUGCCUUAGCGAUGCUGAGAUGAACGAGAUUGCAGACCUUUUAGACCGGAUUCAGGUGGUCGGAGCUCGCUUUUAGCUACGGUU